CAGACAAACACUGAUUUAGCAGUAAAAGAUCUAAAGAUGCUGACCCCCCGAGUCACUAUUUGCGGGAUAGUCCUGUUCUGUCUUCUCUGUACGGACGACGCUCAGGCCGGAUCAAGCUUUCUGAGCCCUGCAGAUAUGCAGAAGUACUCGGGCAAGAGGCCACCUAAGAAGUUGGUCCAUAACAACGUGCGCCGCAGGGAGGCUGAGGACCUGUGGGAAGGUCCUGUGGAUCAGCUGACCGAGGAAAACAUGGAGAUUGGGUUUAAAUUCCCUCUGGAUAUUAACAUGAAAAUGACAAGGGAACAGUUCCAGCAGCAGAAGGCUGCUAUCCAAGAGAUACUCUUUGGGUUCCUAUCUCUGAGUUCAUCUCAGGAUUCACAAGAAGAAAAUGAAUAAUCGGAGUGACAACGAAUCAUCAAAAUCUGGCUGUCCCUUUCCUCACAUAGCUUGAAGGUCUUUUUAUUCCUGCAAUACUCCCCUUUUACACAUUUAACUGUAAGUUAAGAAAUAAACCAAAUGUCUAAAGGCAA